GCAAUUACUUUUGCACCAAAGUAAUACAUCUGCAAAGAUCUUAUUUCCAAAGAAAGUCACAUUCUGAAGUACUGAAGGGUUGGGCUUCAAUAUAUGAAGUUUGCGGGAGAAAAAAUGCAACUCACAAUAUAUCCAUUCCCACGUCUUUGCAGCCCCUGGCAACCGGCAAUGUGCUUUCUGUCUCUGCAGAUUUGCCUGUUCUGGACAUUUCAGAGAAAUGGAAUCCUACACAAUGCGUUCUUCUGUGUCUGUUUUCUCUAACUCAGCAUCCAGUUUUUGACGUCCAUCCGCUUUGUAGCAGAUGUCACGGUGUCAGUCCUCUUUAGGGUCAGGGGACUUUGAAGGAAAUAUCUUUCUAAAUGCAUCAACUGCUUCCUGGACUCUGCCACUCAGAGCUUAGGACUGCACAAGCUAACUGCCUUAGAGCAUUUCCCCCAUAUGCGCACACACACACACACACAUGCACACACAUGCACACACGCACACACACACAGACACGUGCGCACACACACACACACGCACACACACACAGACACGUGCACACACACACACAUGCACACACACAUGCACACACGCACACACAGACACGUGCACACACACACAUGCACACACAUGCACACGCACACAUGCGCACACACACACACAGACACGUGCACACACACACACACAUCUGUGUGCACAGGAACUUAAUCCAUCCAAGUAACUUACCUUUAUAAAGAUGUUGCAGUCCAGGCGCGAUGGCUCACACCUGUAAUCCCAGCACUUUGGGAAGCCGAGGCAGGUGGAUCACUUGAGGUCAAGAGUUCAAGACCAGCCUGGCCAAUGCAGUGAAACCCUGUAUCUACUAAAAAUACAGAAAUUAGCCGGGCGUGGUGUCAGGUGCCUGUAAUCCUAGCUACUCGGGUGGCUGAGGCAGGAGAAUCGCUUGAACCUGAGAGGCGGAGGUUGUAGUGAGUUGAGAUCACACCACUGCACUCCAGCCUGGGCAACAGAGUGAGACUCUGUCUCAAAAAAAAAAAAAAAGGAAGAUAUUUCAUAGAAGACAACUCCCAAACACCAGGUCAACAACAUGAACAGACUUAACACUCCAGGUGCUCAAAUUUGCAGAGAGAAAAGUCCAAGGUUUAUUUCUCCUUUUGGGUCUGUUUGCCAUGAAUCCUGCUUCUCUGGGAAUUUAGAAGCUGCCCUCAUAACUAAGACUGAUUUUCCCCUUUCUCCUGCAGUUAAUCUAUUUACCAGAGGACUUCAAAGCUGUUUGCCAAUGGUAACUUUUUAAGUGCUUGCCUACUGCUUCAUGGUAGGUAGAGUGUAAGGGUUAACCCACGAGUUGUAUAUGGAUAAAUUAGACACAGUCACAGAUCUGCAGGGAAGAAUAUAAUUAAAACCAUUGUGAACGCAGGAGUCAUCAUCGAACUCAGCUAUCCAGUCAUGUUUCUUCUCCAAGGAGAUUUCAAACAGAAGAUGUAAAUUUUGGUAGUUAUAUAAAAUGUCUCAGAUUUAAAUGAAAGACACAAAAAGCCACAUGUCAUCUGCUUUUCCUGAACCACCGUCUCUGCUGAAAUAUUAGUUCUGCCACCUACAGAGACAACUGAAGGCUGAGGAUAAAAAAUGCCUCUUGGAAGUCACUGAGUUUGUUAGGUAUAAAAGGCAAGACUUCAACUGAGGUCUUUGCACUGAUGUGUACAUUAACCGCACAGCGGGUAUCACUGUACAAUCACGUCCUGCAGGAGGAAGAUUACAGGCGGCCAGUGUCUUCUCUGGUUUCUGGGUUGGUGACUUUGAACUUGCUACAGCUCCCACACCCGCAGCGAGCAGAGUUGCCAAGCAAGUGUGCCGGCUUCCAGAAGCCUGAGAUGCCCAUUGGUGCUUGGGAACCACCCCAGUUUCCCCAUCCUCUGCGCUGCUGCAGAUUGGUUGGGGCAGCCCGGGGAGGCUGGCUCCGACACACGACUGAGUGUGCCUACACUGGUCCCACAGGUUUUCAGCUGUGGAGUUUGGGAUCUGAGCUUGGAGCCCAUUUGUUUCUGGCAGUUCGGCUCAUAUUUUCCACUUGAAGACAUCGCCUCCCUUCCUUCCAAGCUGGGAGACCAGAAGUCAACAACAGGAGGGUGGAGAGGCCGAGUCUCACAAUCCGCUUGGCUGGGGAGUCCACUGAGGUUCUUGCAUCCUGAAGCAAACCAUGGAGAGCUGGUGGGGACUUCCCUGUCUUGCUUUCCUGUGUUUUCUAAUGCACGCCCGAGGUCAGAGAGACUUUGAUUUGGCAGACGCCCUUGAUGACCCUGAACCCACCAAGAAGCCAAACUCAGAUAUCUACCCAAAGCCAAAACCACCUUACUACCCACAGCCCGAGAAUCCCGACAGCGGUGGAAAUAUCUACCCAAGGCCAAAGCCACGCCCUCAACCCCAGCCUGGCAAUUCCGGCAACAGUGGAGGUAGUUACUUCAAUGAUGUGGACCGUGAUGACGGACGCUACCCGCCCAGGCCCAGGCCGCGGCCGCCUGCAGGAGGUGGCGGUGGUGGCUACUCCAGUUAUGGCAACUCCGACAACACGCACGGAAGAGGGGGCUAUAGACCCAACUCUCGUUAUGGAAAUACUUAUGGUGGAGAUCACCAUUCAACGUAUGGCAAUCCAGAAGGCAACAUGGUAGCAAAAAUCGUGUCUCCCAUCGUAUCCGUGGUGGUGGUGACACUGCUGGGAGCAGCAGCCAGUUAUUUCAAACUAAACAAUAGGAGAAAUUGUUUCAGGACCCAUGAACCAGAAAAUGUCUGAAGAUGUUAAGAUCCCCUGAUUACUUUGAGAAAAACAACUAGAACAAGAACCGUGUUUAUCACUGUUGUGGAAAUUUCCUUUUAUUCUUGACACAAUUUGAUGACCUAAAGUGUGUUUUCUUCUGUGUAAAGUACAUGAGCUGCCUCACUAAGCAUUCCCAACUCAUUGGAUGUGAUGUGGUUAUAAAGAUAAGUUAGGCAGCUAGACCCUGCAUUCUAAAAAAGGAUUGCUUGCAAUGUUGGUUUGGCUAUUCAUUUGCACAAAGAGACUGUGGCUCUCUGUUGUGAGAUCUUCAGCUACCUCAUGGUGCAAUAACACACACACGCUUAACCAUGUCGAUGGCACAAAGCAGUAAGCAGUAGGGAGGUAGGGUAUCUUGGUGGGGAGGGGAUGUUACCAGCUUCUGGGAGAUGAAGAAUAUUAUUGAGGUUCCAAAGAUGCUGAACCUGUGCUAAAUUCUUCAGUGAUAUAAAAAAUCAUUGAGCAUUCAUUAUUGCCAAUGAAGUGGGGAUGCAUUAUUUCCGACACCCACAAGCAGGGUUUGAUCAUCCUUUCAGCUUUGAUAUAUCUGCACAUAAAAUUAUUAUUACCUGAAGAAAAUAAGGCUGCAUUUUGAAAUGUUAAGUGCAAAACGACUGAUGUUAAAACCAUCUGGGGGAAAUCUUGGGAUACUUUUUCCUAGGAAAUCAUAUGGUUGUGAUAUGUUUUGGCGCAUAGGAGACAGAAAUAGUGAUUAUUAGGCAUUGAGCCUUUUUGUAGUAUUUUUAGUCUUUGAUACUCUGUAAGUACUAGUUCCUAAGGCACCAACAUUGCAUUCCUUGGUUUAUACUUUUUCUAUUCAUCAGAGUAGGAAAUCUUAAAUCCUUAGGCAUCCAAGAAGUAUACUAGCUUUUUGCUUCUCUUUUAGAAAUACUUGUGGGGAGAGAAAAAAGGAUGGUUUGGGCAUAUUGGUAUAGUUUCAGUAAACUAAGGUUAAUGUUCAUAUAACAUUUAGACUUUGCCAUAAAUAUCAGAACCAAAGAUCAAGAUAUUCAUGUACAGUCUGGAAUGUAUAUAUGGGGCCCAUAAAAAUUCCCAGUAUGCAUGUUUUAUGCUCACCAUUAUGAAUUGGGGUCUUCAAAGAGAGAAGGUUGAAAGUGGAAAGCACUCGAAAGGGCUCCCCGGUUUGUAAAAUAUCUUUAAUCAUUCACAUUAGGUAUCUCGGAGUUGCGGGUCUCAAAUGUGGAUUCAUGCAUCAUUUGUGCAAUUUGAAGAUAGUCCAUAUUUCCUAUUUCAGCAUUAGGUCCUGCAACACUUUUCAAUUCUUGUAGAAGGUUUUUUUCAGGAGUGGUGAUGUCUGAUGCUCAAUUACUAUUUUCCCUAUAAGAGUUUCAGCAUGAGCUUAAUUAAAUUCUUGUGAAAACUGUGUUUUUACUUACACACACACACACACACAUACCUACUUAAAUGGAAUCUAAACAUUUUUAGCCUUUAAUCCAUUCCAUUUUCUAAAACUGUCAUAAACUAUUUUUAAUCAUUUUAAAUAAAUGUAAAAGAAAAAUAACUGGAUUUGAUUAUUGAAUAGUUUUUUUCUAUAUGUCACAAAUAAAUUGUAUGAAAUGACUGUAGAAGUGGCCCCAAAAUUAUGAACCUUCGUAGCUGUGAAUAUGAUGCCAUAAAUCUCUUUUAAAGCUCAAGAUAGACUAUGAACAUAUGAAAUACAUAGUUACCUAAUCAUGAGACUAAAUUCACCUGGGUGACAAGGCUAACGUUCAAGCUACUUAAGAUGAAAAUAUUUGAAUCAUGAUUGCUUGGGGGAACCUCUCUUUGAGGGGUCAUGAGGACCACCUGCUGGGCAUUCUGUUUUCAUGCUGAGAAGGCGAGAAUUGAACAGAUGAGAAAAGCCUUGAUAAAACGUCAUCUCCAUGUAAUUUAGAGAAGGAUAACCUUGACUGUACAGCUGACCCUUGAACAACACAGGGCUGAACUGCCUAGGUCCACCUGUAUGUGAGUUUGCUUCUGGCUCUGCCAUUACUGAGACAGCAGGACCAACCCUCCAUCUACUCAAUGGGAAGAUGAUAAGGAUGAAGACCUUUAUGGUGAUCCGCUUCCACUUAAUAAAUAGUAAAUUCAUUAA